AAAAAUAAAAUAGAGAGAAGAAAAGUCUCAAACAUCUUCUGCGACUACGACUGCGACAGCGAAUCAAUCCGCAAAGGCCCUUUCCGCUAAAUCAGCCGGCUUCAUUGCAGAUUCACGGCGAAAAUGCCAUUUUGAGGCGGCGGGAGCAGUUAUUGCAGCGAUUAUAUCGCUUAAUCCCUCCAGCUUGGUGGCAGUUUGUCCUCUUGGUUCAUCUCUUCGGCAUCCUGUAAAUUUCGGGCUGCAAACGGCGUAAUCUGAUCCUGAAGAAGUGAAAGGCGCGGUUUUGCCGCUUAUUAAUUUGAGGAUAAAUGAUUGGAUGCUGCGGUUUCUUGUGGUAAGGUGAGAAGGUGGGCACUUCUGCCGCGUUUCUCGUGUGGAUUUCAUCGGUUUUUUGGGUGCUGUUGGCUAGAAUCCGCUGUGACAUUGGCUGUGGGAGACGAAAGUGAUUCUUGUGAAGCAUAUUCGGCUGAGUUUGGAAGGAUCGCUCGAUAUAAUCAAAUACACCGGAGUUCCUAAAAAGUUUUGUGAAUUCGGGCUUCUGAACAUUUGGUGUCAAGAGAUAUGAUCUAGGGUUAGCGGUUUAUUGCCCAUUCGUUAUUUCCUGACUGGGAAAGCAAGAAUGGGAAUGGACUACUACAACAUCCUCAAGGUGAAUCGCAAUGCCACUUUGGAGGACCUCAAGAAGUCGUAUCGGCGGCUUGCGAGGACUUGGCAUCCCGACAAGAAUCCGACUGGAGGCGUCGAGGCCGAGGCAAAGUUCAAGCAGAUAACUGAGGCCUAUGAGGCACUAAGUGAUCCAGAAAAGCGUGCAAUUUAUGACCAAUAUGGUGAAGAAGGCUUGAAGGGGAUGCCUCCGCCUGGUUCACAUAGCCGGGCCUCCACGGCUGCUGGCUCAAGUGGUCCAAGUAAUUUCCGGUACAAUCCUAGUGAUGCAGAUGAUCUCUUUGCCGAGUUCAUGGCAAGCAACAAGCCUUACUCCUUCGACAAAGAUCGAGCAAGAUUCCAGCCAAGAUCACAUUGGACCUCAGCAAGAGACAGUAGAAGCGAAACUUUUUCUGGUUCACAGAAAGAGAGCAGUGCCAGUACAAGCCAGCUUGAAAAACCAAUGCCCAUAGGAAAAACAUUACUAUGCACCUUUGAAGAGUUGUACAAUGGGACCAAAAAGAAGAUGAAGAUCACAAGGAAUGUCGCAAAGCCAGAUGGAAAAGUAGAAGUUGAAACAGAGAUCUUGGCAGUUGAAGUGUUGCCUGGAUGGAAAAAGGGAACCAAGAUUACAUUUCCCAACAAAGGUGACAAGCUGCAUGGCCAGUUGCCACAGGACCUGACCUUCGUCCUCGAUGCGAAGCCCCACGAUGUGUACAGUCUCGAAGGGAACAAUCUUCUAGUAAAACAGGAGAUCCGUCUAGUGGAUGCUCUGGCUGGGACGGCGAUAAACAUCAAAACCCUUGAUGGCCGGAAUCUGCCUGUGAGGGUGGAGGAAGUGGUGCGCCCUGGGUACGAGGUUGUGCUCGAGAACGAAGGGUGGCCGAUCAGGAAGGAGCCAGGGAAGAAGGGGAAGUUAGUGAUCAAGUUUGAUGUGACCUUCCCGACGAGGCUAACGUCGUCACAGCGGGCAGCCAUCAGGCGAAUCAUGGGUGGCUAACCGGAGAAGAGAAGGUUCAAUGCAUUCUUACAGAAAGAAGAAACAGUGGCUAUCUUGGCCGUAGACAGAUAGUUGGCAGUCAGUCAGAUAGGCGUUUCCAUGGUUUACAAAUUUUACAUAUUGCUCUUGUUAAUUGUAUGUGACCUAGAAUUUUUGCCAUUUGUGGAUCAGUAGAAAAGGUGAGUAGCUUGAGCCGAAAUAUGAUGCUAAUUUUGAGCAUAUUUUAAGCUGAUGUUUUUCAUUUGUAGGCUCAGAAAGCCUUCCCUACUUUUGUUUGGGUAAAGCUUCAGAUUUAAUCUGUACGAAGUCAUUUUUCUUA